AUGAGCACGACCGGCGUUCGUGCGGCGACACUUCGCAAAUCCUCAGAUCGACCUCCAAGUCAGCCAACACCGAUUGAAGCUGCCACAACACCCGCUACAACUGACGUCGUCUGA